GCCUUGCCUCGUGGACAAGAAAACAUAAGGCACUGUAAGAAGGAUGAAAACUCCGCUGUCAUAAACCGGGUGAUUUUGCCGGUGACAGUCGUGGACAUGGGGGAGCGUUUCUGUGGGUCAAUCUAUACAUGCUGGGUGUAGCUCCAAGGUUGAGGAUUUGACACGCACAGUAAAGCACACAGAACCCUGACAACUCAGGAGUAAGCAUUUCCCUGCUCAGCGGGAGAUUAUGAUCACUGUCUUCCGGUCUUACGAAUGAAACCUAGCAUAUACUAAUUCAGGUGUGGGCUGAACUAUUUAACAUGGAUGUGUAGGUGAGAAGACGUAGCCCUACCCCACUCAGAAGACUGUCGGGAAAAAUGGCUGUCUCAAUGAAGAAGUUGAGUUUGUUUGUCUUGGUGAUACAGACAACUACGCUGGUGUUGAUGUUACGCUACUCGCGCACUUCGGCAGGCAGAGGACAGAAGUAUUUGGCCUCCACGGCGGUUGUGAUAGCAGAGGUGCUUAAGCUGUUGACAUGCCUAACUAUUAUCUUCAUGGAGAAAGGUUACAGCUUUGGGAAGGCCUGUGGUGUUGUACAGAGUGAGGUGUUGUACAAGCCAAGGGAGACUUUGAAGCUGAUGAUACCUUCAGGGCUGUACACCAUACAGAAUAACCUUCUUUAUGUGGCUCUGACUAACCUGGAUGCGGCCACCUACCAGGUUACUUACCAGAUGAAGAUAUUGACAACAGCGCUGUUCUCUGUGAUAAUGCUGGGCAGACAACUGACUGCUGUGAAAUGGAUCUCAUUACUGAUACUCGUCAUGGGGGUGGCUCUUGUGCAGAUGCCGAGUGAAAACAACCCGUCUAAACCGUUCACCCAUGGAGAAACAUCCCAGGUGGUGGGAUUGAUGGCCGUCACCUGUGCAUGUUUCAGCAGCGGGUUUGCAGGCGUAUAUUUUGAGAAAAUCCUGAAGGGUUCAGGUCAAAGUCUCUGGAUAAGAAAUGUUCAGUUGGCCCUAUUUGGGAUUAUCACAGGCCUGGUGGGAGUGUUGAUCUCAGACUAUGAACUGGUGACAAAGGAUGGCUUUUUUCAGGGUUAUACAGUAACCUGGACUGUGGUGGCUCUACAGGCAUUUGGUGGCAUAGUCAUAGCAGUUGUGGUGAAGUAUGCUGAUAACAUACUGAAAGGGUUUGCAGCCUCUCUCUCCAUUGUGCUCUCCACACUGUUGUCCACCUUUGUACUGGAUGAAUUUGUUCCAACCAGUUACUUCUACAUGGGCUCAACGGCUGUGAUAGGGGCCACCAUGCUGUACGGAUCAGACAUAAAGCUCUGCGCCCAGAGAUGACGGUGGACGAGUAGACCUGUCCGUGAUGUGGUUCACAUGGUAUAACACGCUAACAAAUAUUCACACUGUUGUUGCUGUUGAUUUUGAAAUGUUAACUUGUACAAAGAUGCGCAUACCGUAUAUUCUUUGAUUUGAAGUGUUGUGGGGUGUAACAGGUUUUCUUGUCAAAUAUUUUGGGGGAUUUUACACAGUUGUUCUGGCAUUAUUACAAAGAUGUAAGCUUAGUGGAAAAACAAUACCAGCCUGAUCAGUUUGGAGCCACAAGUAAUUGUUCUUCAAAUGAAAGGACUGUUUUAAAGACCACUUUCAGGUUGAAGAAUGUCAUUAAUACAACAAAAAAUAAGGAAGGUAUAAAAAUAUUACAGUACAUAAAAACUUAUGGCUGUCGAAUGGCAUUUUAUCCCAGGCAGUGCCAUGUACCUGGAUGAAAAUGGCAACAUGCAAAUGUACUUUGACAAUUUUUUGUUCUAGAGUACAUCUGCAUGUAAUGGGAAGACAGUCUGUGUGAUAUAAGUGAGAUAACACCCCUGUGUCCUAAAUCCAUUGAUAAUGUUACAAGUGCACUCUAGUAGAAGUACAGCUCAAUGAAAAAUGGUGACUGUGCUUGUUGCUCUCUGUAAUUCAUCCCAAAUGAAGUACCGUUAAUGUUUGACUGUGCAGCAUGUGUGAAGUUAGAGAAGUGUUAUGUGCUGUCAGGUUGAAGUACAUAUACCACAGGACAGGUCUACCGCAGUUCGUUGUAUUCAGUAUUUAUGGUCAUUUCAUGCAUCUCCAUGCAGAAUAGUGUGUCUACAUGUGUAUGGUGCACGCCUGUCUACAUGUGUA